UGCCUGUCUCAGUGCAUGUCUCGGAGUCCCUCUGUGGUGUAGGAUGUCUGAUGUCCUAGGUCACUCUCUGUAUGGGACGUUCUCACUUUUCGCAUAUCUUUCACGUGGUAUUCAUAGUAUGAAACAGAAUCUGAUACAUAUCCUGGAUGUCUCUUUGCCUCCUUGGGCACUCCAACCAACAGGAUUUUAGCCAUGGGCGGGGGUGGCCCUAACCCUCUUACUCAUAUCACAACAACUGUAACUAGAGAAGGAACGAGUUUGGGAGAGAGACAAAGCCAGAUAGGACAGACUGAUCCUGAGAAUAACAUAGACCUGUACAUGUAUGAGGAGUGACUGAGGUAGCACAGAUGUCCUAUAUACAAAUGGCAGAACAAGUGUAGACAUUACACCAUGGAAGGAUAAGGGAAACUUUAAGGUUGAAUAGAUGGCUGGAGAAUUGGAGAAAAGGCUCUUACAAUUAUUAAUUGGUAAAAAAAAAAAAAGGGAAUACCAUAGAGCUUCAUAUACUUUGAGGGACACUUGACCUUUUUACAUUAUGAAAAAAACGUCCUCUCCCAGGGAACAGAGAGGUCAAGCUUGGAAAUAUAAGUAGAAGUGGCUCAAGAGAAUUGCUGAAAGUCUACCAUGUUCUCAUUUGGAGGGGCUUCCUUCCACGGACGCAAUGACAGACCAGACCUCGAGCCAGACCUUCUGAACUUCAAGAAAGGAUGGAUGUCCCUGCUUGAUGGCAAUGGCGAGUGGAAGAAACAUUGGUUUGUUCUGACGGAUUCCAGUCUCCGAUAUUACAGGGACUCCAAUGCAGAAGAGGCAGACGAACUAGAUGGUGAGAUUGAUCUCCGAACUUGCACUGACGUGCCUGAGUUUGCAGUACAGAGGAACUAUGGCUUCCAAAUUCAUACACGUGAAGGAGUGUUUACACUCUCAGCUAUGACUUCUGGGAUACGCAGGAACUGGAUUGAGGCUCUCAGGAAAAAUGUGCAACCUGUCUCCAUUCCUGAUGUCACCAAACUUUCAGAGAGUAAUAAAGAAAACACAUUUACGGCCACACGCCUUAGUCAAAGGCCGGAUGACCUGCGGGUUGGGUCAGAAGUUAAACAGAGAAAGGUGGACAUUACAAGCUCUCGUCAGGGGUCAUUUGAUUAUGUGGAGCUCUCCCCUCUUUCCCCGGCUGAAGAACGGGAUCAAAGGUCAGAGGAACGUAGGCGCUGGUUUGAGGCUCCAUCAGGAGGUGACAUCGCUAUUGCACGCCGUGUCUCCACAUCUGCACUGUCCGAGGAUGAGAAGAAGCGUCUUAAUGAGGACAUUGAUACUAAAUGGAAGGAACUGGAGCGAUUGCCUCUGAGGGAGACCAAACAGACCACGUUAACUUGUUUGCUAGGAGGAAGUAGAAGCAAAGCUGGAGGAGAGAAUACGGCAGCCUUAGAGAAGCAGGUUCAGAGCCUGAAAAUGCAACUGGAGAAAGCGAAAAAGGAUCUAGAGUCGCAAAGAGGAGGCGGUGUGGGGGCUGCUCCCCCUGGAUUUAUUUCCCAAGAGUCAUGUGAGCGUAGCCUUGCCCAGAUGGAAGCUACCCACCAGCAAUUAAUAUCCGAGCUGCAGAGGCACCAUGAAUGGGAGGUUCAGAGGUUGCGGCAGGAGAAGGAGCAGCUUUUGGCAGAAGAGGCCGCCGCUACAGCUUCUGUAAUUGAAGCAAUUCGCACAGCACAUAAAGAGGAGCUACAGAGAGAGGUUGAGAAGGCCAGGUCAUUCCAGCACGGGAACUCGCCAGGACAUGAAAUCAUCCGCAGGCAGCACCAGUCUGACAUGGAAUCUUUGAGGCGGGACUUGCAGACCCUGUCUGAGCGUUACUCCCAGAAGUGUCUGGAGGUUGGCACUCUGACCCAGACUGGAGCGGAGAGGGAGCGGAACCUGCAAAAGUGCCAAAUGGAAGGGCAGGAGCUACUAAAACAGAAUCGGGAAUUAAACAAUCAACUCUCAGCAGAGAUUGGGAAGUUGCGUGCCUUCAUGGCUGGAAAUGGGCCAAGUGACGAGCUGAAAGGAGGAGGCAAGAGCUGCACUGAAUUGGAGGUUUUGCUGAGGGUUAAGGAGAAUGAGCUGCAAUAUAUGCGAAAAGAGAUCUCUUGUCUACGGGAGGAUCUACAAAACCUGCAGAAGGAUAAACGGUAUGCCUCGGAAAAAUAUAAGGAUAUUUAUGCAGAGCUCAAUAACAUCAAAACCCGCUCAGAGCGAGAAAUCGACCAGCUGAAGGAACAUCUGAGGCUUGCGAUGGCGGCUCUGAGGGAAGAAGCCGCACUGCGCAACAGUGUAGGAGAAUAGUGUGAAUUGUCCUGGCCGUCUAACAGCAGAGUUGGAACACGUGUGCAUUAGAACAUGGAGACAUUGUCAAGAUUCCACCUCCUUCACCACAAGCCUGCUUCCUAUAUAUGUGAAUCACAGAAUUUUAUACUGUUCAUUAUUAAUUUUAUUAUUAUUAUUUGGGGAUACUCUCUACCGAGCAGGUUUAACUGCGUAGAGACAGUGCCACAAGGUCAUAUAGCCCAGACGUGCUGCCCUUUAUUGCUGGGCAUGCUGGGAUAACUUCCUUUUAUCUGUUACAGAUGGGGAAACUGUAAAUGUUUUUUUUUUAUUUUAGUUUUUUUAUUUAAAGCUUAUUUUUGUGUGUGGAUAUGGGAGCAAACCGUGCAAAACUGGGUUUGGUGCAAGGACCAGUGUAUGGGCACUGGGUGUGGUGGGAGGACCAAUGUAACGGUGUUGGGUGUGGUCAGUGGAACAUUGUAAGUACCCUAGAUACUACUUCUUAUGGAAUUGUAGAUGUUAAGAGAGGAGCUUAGUGUGUGUGCUAGACUUGCAAUAGCAGUGUUGGCCUACUAAAGUUGAAAAGAAUGUAACAUAUGGUGGAAUGGCUGUGAUAAGAACACUGGAUUAUUGUCAGGCUGUUAGCCAAAGAAGUGGAUGAAAAGUUGGAUGUUGUGGAAGAGACCAAUUCAUGGAGGAUUUUGAGGGCAGCUUUGCAAAAAUGCUUUGUAUGGGGAUAUUGUCUAUGCAGAGCAGUUUUCAGAACUACUAUUCAGCAAUUAACUAAACUUAAUUACCCAGGAUGCUCUUUACCGAUGUAUGACAGAGCGGAACUAAAUAAGGGGAGUCUAUACACCUUCUUAUUACCUUUUUUAUAUGCUAUUUUAUUUUUAGGCUUUUGUUUAAAAUGAACUAUUACUGAUCUCGAAUCUGCGUUUGUAAAAUACAUUCCAUCUUUCAUGGAAAAUAAUUAAUUAAUUAAAAAUGCACACUUAUUUUAAAAUGUUUACAUUUUUCUGGUUUGCAAAAUAUUGUCUCCCACAGUCAACCAAUAUUAAAGUGCUGGCUGAAUGUAACAUGUCUUCAGUUGAGUUCCCAAUUGAAUAGCUAAGCUUGCAGGUUGUAACCUUCGCCAGCUGGGGCAGGAAUACAUUUCCCAUAAUACUUUGCCAGACCUUGUUCUCUUCGUUGAAAACCUCUGAACUAAGCAUUCCUCACAAUUAUGCGUUCUGGUGACCUCAUAUUUAGUUGGUUAGAUGAUUAUGGGCUUGGAGGAGAGCAAUUUCAAAGUUGAACAAUUUGAUUCCAGUCCGGACCGUAACAACGAUAUUCUAUGCAAAAUGGCACACAGAGGAGGCUGCAAAUUACUAUAUUGCAUAUGUCUGAAGUAGAAGUGGCAUACACUGUUUUAAUUCCUGUAAACUCAUUGAUUUAUUCAUUAAAAACUGAAAUGUAAAAGUCAGGCCAAAAAAGCCGAACUCUGGCUAUAGCUGGGCUGGAGAAUUUUUGUCCUGGCACAUUUUGCCUAGAUAAACAAAAUUUGGGGUUUAGUUUUUAAAUACUACCUACCAUGAAUACAAUUCUAAAGCUUUAGUAUUUUUUUGUUUAAAGCAUGUAGUGCUGGGGAUAAUCCUUAAAACCAAGUUUUUAAAGGGAUUUAUUGUGCGACUUAUUUUAAUGCAUUCUAUCAAUAAUGUAUAAAGAAGCCUUGGGAAGAAAUACACAUUUUUAAGAUGGUAUACUGCCUGUAGAGAAUUCACAGCUUCCACUUGCUUCCCUACAUAUGCAGUUUCAGGAAAUACUCUAGGCUCUGAUAAAAUGUCAGAGCCUAGGGAUAAUCUACAUAGAGGAAAUGUGUAUAGAUCAACGUAUAUUUUUUAAAUUAUUAUUUUGAGUCUUCAAUACACUUUUUAUGCAUUGGAUAUAAUGCAUUAAAAACAAGGUCGAAACCAUCUUUAA